AUGCCGAAGCCCAUUGAUCGGAUUCGCCUCAUCGUACUGGGUCCCCGGGGUGCUGGCAAAACAUCUCUCAUUAACGCUCUAAAACGCGUUGAGGCAGGAGAACGCAAACUACUUCCAGCACAUAAAGUGAGCGUAUUUUUAUUUCCUUACACUUAA